AUGGAAGAAAUUGUAUGCGAUAUUUGUUUCGAAGAGUUCAACGAAGCCGAACAUACACCACUCCAGCUCCUAUGUGGUCACACAUUUUGUAAAAUCUGUAUAAAUGAUAUAAAAUCAAGGCACCAGCAUAUUGAAUGUCCUCAUGAUCGCCAAGCUGAUAGAAGAGAUCCCCAUGAUAUUUCAAAAAACUUUAUUGUUCUUGACUUAUUGAACCGUUUUUCAGACUAUACGAAAUCACAAUCUUUGCCUAAACAAAUGGUGCACCAUACUCCAUAUGAUAGAAGCACUUUGGAGCAGAAAAUUGAAGAGCUUUUAUCUUGCUAUCACCAGUAUCAGCCAGGAUUUUAUGGAGAUUCAGAAAACCAGCUAAAGCAUGGGUAUGGGGUUUAUAUGUGGGAAAAUGGAGUACUAUAUAGAGGAGAAUUCAGAAGCAGCAGAAAAAACGGGUUUGGAGUUUUAAUUAGUCAAGGAUCGUUUACUUAUGCAGGACAGUUUGUUGAUGAUAAAAGAGAAGGAUUUGGUCUGCAAAAAUGACAAAGCGGAAAUAGUUAUAUUGGGUAUUGGUCGAAUGAUAAAAUGAAUGGGAAAGGAAAAAUGUAUUAUUAUGAUGGGUCUUUAUAUGAAGGAGAUUUUAUAAAUGGCUUAAAGCAUGGACAAGGAAUCUAUGAGUGGCCUGAUGGAUCUAAAUAUAGAGGAGAUUUUGUCAAAGACAAAUAUGAAGGGUAUGGAGAGAUGAUCUAUUCGAAUGGAGACAUAUAUGAAGGGAAUUGGGAGGACGAUAAAAGAAGUGGAAGAGGAAAAAUGAAACUGAAAGAUGGACAUAUAUAUAAUGGGUACUUUAAAGACGAUAAAAAGCACGGCAAAGGCAUGAUUAUCUAUAGAGAUAAAUCUAAAUAUAGAGGAAUUUUCAAAGAUAACAAAAAAGAUGACAGAGGGGUGAGGACAACUCCUAAAGGAACCAGGCAUGAGGAGUUAUGACGUGAUGGAGUUAAAUACUAUUAA